AUGGCGAAAGACGUGGAAGGGCAAGUCGGUGAGUACCAGCCCAAGGACUACCAAGACCCACCGCCGGCCCCGCUCAUCGACGCCGACGAGCUCACCCAGUGGUCCCUCUACCGCGCCGUCAUCGCCGAGUUCAUCGCCACCCUCCUCUUCCUCUACAUCACCGUCCUCACCGUCAUCGGCUACAAGAGCCAGGUCGACCCCUGCGGCGGCGUCGGCAUCCUCGGCAUCGCCUGGGCCUUCGGCGGCAUGAUCUUCGUCCUCGUCUACUGCACCGCCGGCAUCUCCGGCGGCCACAUCAACCCCGCCGUCACCUUCGGCCUCUUCCUCGCCAGGAAGGUCUCCCUGGUCCGGGCGGUGCUCUACAUGGCGGCCCAGUGCCUCGGCGCAAUUUGCGGGUGUGGGCUCGUCAAGGCGUUCCAGAAGAGCUACUACACCAGGUACGGCGGCGGGGCGAACGAGCUCGCCGAUGGGUACAACAAGGGCACUGGGCUCGGUGCGGAAAUCAUCGGCACUUUCGUUCUUGUCUACACUGUCUUCUCCGCCACUGAUCCCAAGAGAAACGCCAGAGACUCCCAUGUCCCCGUCCUGGCGCCACUCCCAAUUGGGUUCGCCGUGUUCAUGGUUCACCUGGCUACAAUUCCGGUGACUGGAACCGGGAUCAACCCGGCUAGGAGCUUCGGAGCGGCGGUGAUCUACAACCAGGACAAGGCUUGGGAUGACCAUGUACGAAUUCAAUUCAAUGCUUUCCUUCCAUCCUCUGUUUUUUUGGUCUUUUGCUUCGGGGAAAAAACAGAGUAUUUUUAGAAUCGAAAAGUUAACCUAACUUGUUUUAAUAUAUUUGAUUCCUCCACAGUGGAUGUUCUGGGUUGGGCCGUUCAUUGGAGCUGCGAUUGCUGCGUUCUACCAUCAAUACAUACUGAGAGCUGGAGCUAUCAAGGCUCUUGGGUCCUUCAGGAGCUCCUCCAACAACUAAGUUUCUCCACGCCAUCACUCGGCGGGAAAAAAAUGGGGUUCCAGGUGUAGCUGGGGAGUAAUCUCUCAAUGGAAAAUGUACAUUGGUUGUUGUUGUUGUUGUUGUUGUAUCAGUCAAGUAUGGUCGUCGAGACAUCAAUUUGGGUUUAGCUUCUUCCUCCGAGUGCUUUUUUUCUUUCUUUCUGGGCCAUCUUGUUUUAAUCUGUGUGGCCGAAAUGAACUUGUGAUUUCCUGCAGCAAUAUGCUUGUUUGCUUUUUCCUUCGUCCUUCUCUUCCAAUGAUAAUAAAAAUGUAUAAGUGUGUUGCUGUC